CCCGGGCUCCGCGGCAGGCGCUGCCCGCCGCCGCCGCCGCCGCCCACGCUGGGACCCCGCAGGUCUCCCGGGAGCGCGGAGGGGGAAUGCUGGCAUGCCCGCCCGGCGGGGCCAAGGCGGCCCCCACCCACCAUAAAAUCUCCUUCUCCAUCUUAGACAUCCUGGAUCCGCAGAAAUUCACCAGGCGAAGCGCGCCGGCGGCGGGCAGCAGGGCCGGCGCCCCCCGCUCGGGGGAGCAGGAGAAAAGUUUGCCGGGAGUUGGAGCGGGCACGGCGGCGGCGGGCCAGGGCCGCCCGGGGCACGCACGCCAGGCGCACGAUGCGCACUCCCCGGCGGAGAGCGGCGCGGAGGCAGCGCCGGAGCGCGCCGAGGAGGGCCCGCCGCGGCCGGGGGCCGAGCCCGCCGCCGCCCGCCCGCAGGACUUCGCCGCGCCGGAGGAGCCCGGCUCGCCGCGGGGCGCCAAGCGGCGGCGGGCCGAGGCGAGCUGCGCCAAGCCGCGGCGGGCGCGCACCGCCUUCACCUACGAGCAGCUGGUGGCCCUGGAGAACAAGUUCCGCGCCACGCGGUACCUGUCGGUGUGCGAGCGCCUCAACCUGGCGCUCUCGCUCAGCCUCACCGAGACGCAGGUGAAGAUCUGGUUCCAGAACCGCCGCACCAAGUGGAAGAAGCAGCACCCGGGCGCCGACGGCGCGGCCCAGCCCGCGCCCCCCGCCGCCGCCGCCGCCUCCGCGGGCAGCCCCAGCCCUCCGGGCCCUGGCGCCCUGCCCUUCCAGACUUUCCCCUCCUACGCCGCGGCCAACGUGCUCUUCCCGGCCGCCGCCCCCUUCGCGCUGGGCGGCGCCGGCGGCGGCCCCUUCGGCCCCUUCCUGGGCCCCGCGUACCUCAGCCCCUUCUACGCGCCGCACCUCUGAGGCGCCGCGCCGCGCGCAGUCCUUAACGGUCGCGCAGCCCCUAACGGUCGCGCCGCCGCCGCGCGCAGCCCCUAACGGUCGCGCAGCCCCUAACGGUC